AUGGAGCUCCCCCAAAAACUGCCGUUCUCUAAGCGGCGGCUCCGACCGCGCGCUAUCAUCUCCUACAUCUUCGACUAUGUGAUCCUCAUUGCCUGUGUGAUUGGCUUCGCGAUUGUAGACUCAAUCGAGCCUUACCACCAACACUUCUCCCUCCAGAACAUCUCCAUCCAAUACCCCUACGCCGUCCACGAACGAAUUCCCAUCAAGUACGCCCUCUGCAUUUCCGGCGCGUUUCCACUCGUCCUCAUCGUCGUAUACACAUUGGUUAUUGAUGGCUUAUUCUCGCACAAUAAGUCCCAAGAUGCCGGGUCCGGGAAGAGGAAGCUGAGAGGUCCGCAUCGGUGGAAGGAUAGACUGUGGGAGAUGAACUGUGGAAUCCUGGGACUGUUACUGGCACAGGCAGUCACGUUCGUCAUAACCCAGUCGCUGAAAACUGCUUGUGGAAAGCCGAGACCUGAUCUCAUUGAUCGCUGUCAACCCCGUGAAGGGAGUGUUGAUUUGUUCCCCGGACUGUCCAAUUCAACCAUUUGCACGGGUGACCCGGCAAUCAUCAAAGAUGGAUUCCGGUCAUGGCCUUCAGGCCACAGCAGCUCCUCCUUCGCCGGCCUGGUCUACACGGCCCUCUGGCUCGGAGGAAAGCUCCACAUCAUGGACAACCGCGGCGAAGCCUGGAAAGCCAUCCUAGUGACGAUCCCUCUCCUUGCCGCGACUCUCGUCGCCGUGUCGCGGAUCAUGGACGCACGUCAUCACCCCUUCGACGUGAUUACCGGCUCAAUGCUAGGAACCGCCUGCGGCUUCAUCGCGUACCGCCAGUACUUCCCACCCCUCAGCGAAGCCUGGCGCAAGGGCCGCGCCUACCCGAUUCGCACUUGGGGUACCGACCCUGCCGGUCCAGACUCGGUGCGGUUGAUGGGCACCAAGAUCGAUAGCUCGACUGCUCUUCGCAACCCCGAGGCGGAGCGCAUGAACCCGCCUGACCUUCCUGUCUCGGAACAUGAACAUGUCCGCCCUGCGCCUUCAGAUUAUCUCACUGAAUCUAACCCCUAUGCGUCCAAUGUGUACAAUCGCCGCCCGCACGACCACGACGCUGAUGGUGGUGCUUGGUCUUCCAGUGAGGACGAUGUCACGAACGGGUAUGAGAUGCGGCAUAACUAUGCUAGGGCGCAGAACCCGGGUGCCGGUCACUCUCUGCCUCAGCAUGAGAACACUGCGUAUGUCUCCCAGACUCAGCCGUUGACGGAUGCGGAGAUGCACUCUGAGGCCCUAGCUGGUCCUGGGCGCCCGUUGACUGAUGGCCCCGGUCGAGCUAUGUAG